AUGUCAGGUGCCGGGAAUCGUGAACAAGUGUUCCCAACUCGUAUGACGUUAGGGUUAAUGAAGGGGAAAUUAAAGGGAGCUCAACAAGGUCAUUCAUUAUUAAAAAGAAAAUCUGAAGCUUUAACGCAAAGAUUUAGAGAUAUUACGCAAAGAAUUGAUGAUGCUAAGAAGAAAAUGGGUAGAGUUAUGCAAAUUGCAGCAUUUUCAUUAGCAGAAGUUCAAUAUGCUACUGGAGAUAAUAUUGGAUAUCAAGUUCAAGAAUCAGUUCAAAAAGCCAGAUUUCAAGUUAAAACCAAACAAGAAAAUGUUAGUGGGGUUUAUUUACCAACUUUUGAAAGUCAUAUUAAUGAAGAAAUUAAUGAUUUUAAAUUUACCGGUUUAGGUAGAGGUGGUCAACAAGUUCAAAAAGCAAAAUCAGUUUAUACAAGAGCUGUGGAAACAUUAGUUGAAUUAGCAUCAUUACAAACAGCAUUUAUUAUUUUAGAUGAAGUUAUUAAAGUUACUAAUAGAAGAGUCAAUGCCAUUGAACAUGUGAUUAUUCCAAGAACUGAAAAUACUAUAUCUUAUAUUAAUUCAGAAUUAGAUGAAUUGGAUAGAGAAGAAUUUUAUAGAUUAAAGAAAGUUCAAGAAAAGAAACAAGAAGCCGUUGCUGCUGCUGAACUUGAAGAAAAAGAAAAAAGAGAUGCUGAAGCUGAAAAACUUGCUUUAUCUGAAUCUAAGGAUAAUCUGAAACCAAAGACUGAAGAAGAAAUUCAGAAGGCUGUUGAAAAAUUGGAUCUUAAAGCUCAAGGUGAAGAUGAUUCUGAUAUGCUUAAGGAGAAUGAAGAUGAUGUUAUCUUUUAA